UCUUAUAUUCUUUGUUACACAUUUAUUUUUAGUUAGAUCAAAAAAGCAUAAUAAUAACCAAAAUAUGUAUUUCUCAUAAAUCGUCAACCGUUUAACCAAACAAAUUUCAGGGCUGAAAAAUUUUGACUAUAAAUUAAAUCCAUGAAAAAAAAAACUCCCUUUUGAAAAAACUUCUUUUUUCCGCCCUUUUUUUUAUUUUUAAUACGAAGUUUUUUUUUUUAAAAAAAAUAAUUUAUCAUGGCGAAAUUAUCCAUUACGGGGAUAGUCACAUUAGUUUCAAUUUUAUUAUAUGCAAUAAUAUUAACCGCGUUAGAAAUAUUAGUGGUUCUUUUUCAUCAUAACUUCGUUGACCAAUUUGAACUUGACCGUCAAGGAAAAGGUAUAUCCGAGGCUGAUUUAAUUUAUCAUGCAAUAUUCAUGUUAUCACUUGCUUUUCAAGUUUUAUUAUGUGUUGAUGCAUUAUGGAGAAAAAAUUCAAUGCAGUUAAUAGCUUUGGUUUUAUUUAAUCUUCUCUCACUUGUCUAUGCUGGAGUACAACUUUAUCAACAUAUGAUAUUAGAAGAUGAAGGAACCGAAAACGCAAAGUUUGUGCCGAAAGAUGCUAAGUUUCAAACACCAGAAUCCACAAAAGCAUUUUUUAUAAAAAGAAUGAGACCGUUAGAAUAUGUAAUAAUUGGCAUAGUUACUGCUUUUUCGGGAUAUUUAGCAGCAUUAUCAAUUAAAUUAACGAAAGACUUUGGAUGGGAUGUUUAUAGAACUUACUCAGCUGACGUAAAAAUUCGAGAUGCAUUUCGGUCCCUGUCGAUAUUACAAACAUUAAUUAAAUUGGAUAUAUUUUUCAUUGGAUCAUACGCUAUACAGCUUAUUCCUUCACAAAAUAUUGGUUAUUCUAAUUCUAUCGCGGAAACUAUAUUAAUUUUCUUUAUUGGAACUAUAAUGUUAUUGAUGGCUUGGUAUUCUAUAAUGCAAGAGAGCAAAUAUAUUCUACUUUGUGUUAUAAAUCUGUUAACACUUUCUUUGAUUUAUAUGGUUUAUCGCAUAAUUAGUAUUAAUAUACCACGUCCAGAUGAUCCUUAUGAAUUUACUAGACGUCUUUUAACAUUCUUUUUGGCUACUACAAUUUGUUUGGUAUUAUUCACAAUUUUUUAUGCGAUCAAAUGCUUUAAAAAUAUGAUGCAAGGUAACUAUGUAUUCACCACUUAUGGUUUACCUGGUCAAGAACAAAAUGCGCCAGAAAUUCAACAAAAUAUUCCAAAUAGUUUUAAUACUGAAUAUCUUGGUUAUAGUGGUUAUAGUGGUUAUAGUGGUUAUAGUGGUUAUAGUGGUAAUAAUACUGGUAAUAAUAAUAAUUUAGUUCCUAAUGAAACACAAAAAAAAUCGAAAAGAGCUAGUAAAAUUGCUGAAGUUCAAAAUGCUCGGCUUUCUAGAAGAAUAAGUAUUGACUAGUGGCUUAGACUUUGAUAUAACUGUAAAAAAUUAGUAAUUAUUAAUCAUAUUAUAAUCAUUUGUAUAAAUAUUAUAUUGGGAAAGUUAUAAAUAAAAAAAAUUAGUAUUACACAAACACUACAAAAUAAGAAUCGAUCGGUCAAUAUUCUAUACUUGUUUUGACGAAUUUAAUAAAUUU